AUGGCAACUGUCCGAAAAACUAGGAAACCCAAAACUAAUAGUUUUACCUCCAUUUUAGAUCAGAUCCUCAGUAAAUAUAACCUAUCGGCCGAAUCAAACCCGCUUCAAUUACGUGCUUAUGCUGAUGAGCUUGAUACUAUGCUACCCGAUUGGAAGACUCGUAAAGAUGUGAAAGAGGCUUUUCGCCGGCGUCUAUUCAAAAACAAUCAAAUAGAAGCUCUUGUACCAGACAAAAGGGGGAAAAAACUUACUAUCAAGGAAAGAGCUCAAUAUUGUGCAAAAACUGAAGAUGUGUGGGAUAUUUGGUUACAUGUUUUAGACUUAGCUGUGCCAAAAAAUAAUACAGAUGAAGCGAUUGUGGCGGCCAGUUCUCGUGUUUCGCAAUUUCGUAGAGAGUUAGCAGAAGCUGGGGUUGAUUCUGAGAAAAUUGAUAUAUAUGCCAAAUUGCCAGAUUUACGCAAUCCUGUCUAUAGUAUUAAUGGAAAAUGCAGUACAGGAGUAUUUAGUAAAUUUUUAAAACCAUAUGGUAUUACAGCCAAAAGAUUAAGAAAAAUCGGAGGAAAACAUGCUUCUAGAGUUCAUGGUGGUCAAAAUCCAACUUCGCAACAUCUUGAACUCCUUAGCAGAAUUGCGAUGAGACAUAAGAUAGACCGUUUUGAUUCUGGAAAUUCAUCUGAUGGGGUGCUUGUUCCAGAAUUUGUUCGCAAAUUAUAA